GGGGUUGAAGAGAAUGGGGAGGAGACAAAGAAUCAGACAAGAAACACGAGUUAGUGUGAGUCUGGGAUCAGGAUGUGUGUUUGCUGCAGGGGCAGGCAGUGUCAGAGCAGCGCAGAGAGGCACAACAGGAAGGGCUGCAGAGGGAUCUGUCAGGAGAUACUGGCAGAACACAAUUGCAAAAUGCCAUGAGGACAUACUUGGUGUGGGUUUCUUUCCGCCAGGCAGCCUGUCCAGGCAAAAAUGCUCACAGAGCCCAAAGAGAGCAGCUUGAGUUACAGCCCACAGCACGGGCAGGGACAGGCAGGGACAGGCAGCUGCUCAGAGCACAGCCCUCACCAGUGCUGUCCUCAUGGAAGAACAACCACGCGAGCAGGGACAGGCUGAGGGUGAAAUCAGAUUUUGCCCUCUGCCUCCGGAUGCAGCCACACAACAGAGGAUGUGUGAGCAGCCAGCAUCCCAUGAUCACAGCUUUCCAUGACUCACCAAGGAACCCAGGGGUGGUUUCCCACUAAUAAUCCUGAGAGCACAGCAAACCCACCACGGAAUUACAUCAGCAACUCAAAUCCAACCCAAACUUGCAGUUUUUGAUUCACACGGAAGAAACCAGCACUACUUUCUAUAAAGAGAGGCAAACAGGUAUUUGAGAAUUUCCACACAACCACACAGAGGUGCUUGAUGUGGCAAGAGCCACAAACACAUUUUGCCGGGAGCCCAGCAGAGCAGCAGCUGCCCCCAGAUCUCUGAGAUAAGAGCCCUGAAGUGCUGGCGCGGGCGCUUCCUGCCGGGGCUGGCAACUUCCUCCCUCUGCACAAAGUUCUGCAUGAGAAGAGCCAUUUUACCCUGUCUGACUCAGGCACACACAGCCCAACCGAGCCCUCAAACAACAAAGGCAGACGGUGCUGGCUUCUGAGAGGAUAAAUGUACAGCAGGAGAGGGCCCUUGUGAAGAGGCUGGAGGGAAUGGGCAGCAAGCAGGUGAUGCUGGUUCUCUUCUGUGGGGAAAUGUGGAGCUCCCUGUCUGCAGCAGCGCCUCACCCCCCUGCCACGACUGAAAGCCACACGUGCACCACUGCCACGAGUCCAGGAGCAGACAAACCCCCUCUCCACCAACUGCAAACAACUGGGCCCAGUUUAUACCAGCCUGACAGAUCCCUGGCUGUCACAGAACCCCAGGCCUUCCCAGGGGAGGAGGAAGCUGGGGACGGCAGCUGGGUAGCAGCGCUGUUAAUUGGCAUCAUUUUGAUGGGGAUGGUGCUGGCAAUCAUCGUCAUUCUGCUGUGGAAGUGCUGCAUGAGGCCUGUGCUGGCCGAGUCCCACUGGGCAGGCCGGUCCCCCUUCGCGGAUGGGGACACCCCAGAUCUCUUCAUGGACUCUGACCAGGGCACCAAGCGCUCCUCAGUCCUAUUUAUGCUGCCUUGGAGAACGAAACAAGGCCCAAACAUGCAGGAGGACCCACCCCAGCACACCACCAGCACUGAGGGCGGGCAGGCGCCUCCGCCGCCCGGGGGCUGCCCCCCAGCAGGCACAGCCCCAGCUCCUGCCCCGGAGCCAGCCAGCCCUGCAGCCGCCUCCUGCCCUCCCCCAGACCCUGCACCCGAGGCCUCUGAGCUGCCACCACCCCCGGAGUGGCUCAGGGAACCCAGCUCGGAGCCCAGCUCGGAGCCCAGCACGCACUCGGCACUUUGCUUGGAAGCAGAGGAACCACCGCCCUCAGCACCCGAGCUCCCGACCCAGGGGAUCCAUGAGACACUGCUCCAGCCAGAAAACCCUUUCUAGACUGCCAAACUAAUUUCCAGAAUACUCCACAUUUUUCUUAUAUUACUUAAAAAGUAAUUUUCAAAAAAGUGAAAAAAGGAGAAGUUAAUGCCAGCAAGAACAGCGGGGCGCCAGCAUUGCCUUGACAUUUCCCUGGUGUUUCCCAACUUCAGCUUUCACAAGAGAGAGCAACCUGCUUCUGCCUGAAGCAGAUUUCUGACCACAACACAAACUGUGCCCAGUGAUCACCUGCAACUAAAGCCUGCAGAAGGCCUGGUACAGAGUGUGUGUGCCACACACAGGUACCACACACGAGGAGAUGCCAGAGAAGCCCAGCCUCGGAGGGACUCGGCUUUGCACCAGGGUUUGCUCCACCGGGCUGGGCAAGUGAAUGCAAUCCAUUCCAGGACAUCUUAAUAAAGCUUUCUAAGUCAAAGAUGGUUCUGGUCACUUAAAGCCCACCUGAAUAUUUGCUUGGAUACAGAAUGCACUCAGUUACUAAUACAAACUCAUUUAAUGGUUCAUGGACUCUAGAUUCCUCUGAGCUCCCAGUGCCCGAGUGCUUUAUGUGCUCCUCUCUGGGCCUGAGGACCAGCACAGCUCAUCUUCCCCACACCAGCCUUGGCUGGGCAGCAGCAGGCUGCUAUCAGAAGUAAAUUCACUCAUUUUUUUUUACUAGUAUUGAAUAUUUAUAGAAAGAAGCUGCUGGAUGCUGAAGCUAGCUUUCCAUGAGUGCUCUGCAAAACAGCAGAGUUUGCAGUUCGCUUCUGGAGGCAAUAGAUUCGUGGAUGGAGCACAGAACAAAGAUUUGCACACAAACCUCAGAACUUUCUAUCACUAAUAAAGCAGUACAUGUUAUCCAAAUGCAAUUC